AGCGAGAGAAAGGAGUUUUGACUAGGAGAGAGAGAGAGAGAGAGAGAGAGAGAGAGAGAGAGAGAGAGAGAGAGAGAGAGAGAGAGAGAGAGAGAGAGAGAGAGAGAGAGAGAGAGAAAAGAGGGUUGACAAGACAAGAGAGAGAGAGAGAGAGAGAGAGAGAGAGAGAGAGAGAGAGAGAGAGAGAGAGAGAGAGAGAGAGAGAGAGAGAGAGAGAGAGAGAGAGAGGAGAGAGAGAGAGAGAUACAAGAAGGGUGUUGUACCCUCUACAGUAGGAUCCACAAUUGUAGAACACCUAAC